CUGUCCCUGCCCCACCAGGAGCCAGGUCAGGGGUUCCCACGCCAGCCUGGCCUGGGAGCAUUUUGGAGCCAGCCCCUUCCUGAGCGCUGCCCAAAAUGCUGUGUGCUUUGUGUGUGAAGCCAUGCGUGCCUGGGCGACAGUAUCCUCAUGCAAACCUCUCUCCCACAGAGCUGACACCAUGAACCAGCUGGUCCUUUGCACGCUGCUGCUGCUGCUGUUGCACCCUGGGCAGCUGGCACGGGCAUGUCCCACAGGCUGCCAGUGCCAGGACCCCACGACCAUCCUGUGCGCGGCCAGGCGGGGCCACACUGUGCCACGAGGGCUGCCCCCCAGCACCCUCUCCCUCUAUGUCUUUGAGAAUGGUAUCACGACGCUCAGCGAGGACAGCUUUGCAGGGCUGCCUGCCCUGCAGCUCUUGGACCUCUCACAAAACAAGAUCACUAGCAUCCAGAAAAACAUCUUCCAGCCCCUAACGGAGCUCGUCAACUUGGACCUGUCCUCCAACCAGCUGCAGGAGAUCACCAACGAGACCUUCCACGGGCUGCGGCUGCUGGAGCGGCUCUACCUGCAGAAGAACAGGAUCCAGCACAUCCACGCCACCGCGUUCGACACGCUGGAGAAUCUCCUUGAGCUGAAGCUGCAGAACAACCAGCUCCGGGCCGUGCCCCCGCUUGACCUGCCCAACCUCCUCCUGCUGGACAUCAGCUGGAACAAGAUCCCUACCAUUGCGCCUGGCACCCUCCAUGCCAUAAACAUUGAGUCCCUGAAGAUCGCAGGGCUGGGUCUGACGAGCUUGGACGAGGAGCUCUUCCAGCCCCAGAACAACCUGCACGAGCUGGACGUCUCUGACAACCUGCUGGAGCGCGUGCCGGUGGUACUGCGGCGCCUGGGCAGCCUCACCAAGCUCAGCCUGGCUGGCAACGCGCACAUCUCCCAGCUGCCACCUGAGGACUUCCGUGGCCUUCACAACCUGCAGGAGCUGGAUAUCAGCAACCUCAACAUCAACACCAUUCCUCGGGACUUCUCCAGGUUCUUCCCGAGGCUCCGUGCCAUGACAGCUUCCGGAAACCCCUUCAACUGCAUCUGCCAGAUGAGCUGGCUGGUGCAGUGGGUGAACGCCAGCGGUGUGCUCCUCCGGCGGCCCGAGGAGACACGCUGCCACUUCCCCCCAAAAAACUCAGGGAAGCUCCUCCACCACCUGCAGUAUGCCGACUUUGGCUGCCCCACCACCACCACCACCACUGCUGCCACCACCUCCCCUCCACGCACCACUGCGCCGCGACCACCUGUGCCCAUUCCCACCGGCAGCCGCCCGCCGCCGGAGCCCAGCACCACCAUCGCCACCCCGCAGCCCCGCGCCGUCCCCUUCAGCUCCACACCGGUGCCCUUCAGCCUCACCCCAGCUGCCAGCAGCCCCCCGCCGCAGCUCUGCCCCCCACGCACGUGUUUGAAUGGUGGCACCUGCCAGCUGGGUGCCCACAGUCACCUGUGGUGCCUGUGCCCACCAGGCUUUGCUGGGGCAUUCUGUGAGGAGGACGAAGAAGAGGAGGAAGAAGAGGAGGCGGCGGCGAGGGGCACGACGCUGUCCCCAGCCACACCAGCAGCACCUCCGAGCCGGAAGAUCAGCAUCACACAGGUGAGCAGCACCUCACUGCGGGUGGACCUGCAGAACUACUUCCAGUCCAAAGCCCAGCUGAAGGGCAUCCGGCUGAGCUACCGCAACCUCUCCGGGCCGGAGAAGCGCCCCGUGAUGCUCCGCUUGCCGGCUUCUCUCUCUGAGUACACAGUGCGGGCACUGAAACCCAACUGCACCUACCGCGUGUGUGUGGGGCCGCUGGGGGAAAAGGGCUCCAGGGAGGAGUUCUGCGUGGAGGCGCACACCUUGCCGGCGAGCCACCAGCAGCACUCACCUGUCACCCAGAGCAAGGACAACAACCUGGCCCUGAUGAUCGUCCCCGCGCUGGCCGCCGUGCUGCUGCUGGUGGUGGUGGUGACGGCAGUCACUUACUACCGCCGGCACCGCCGGGCCAAGGAGCACGCAGGGGGCGGGGUGGAGGCCGGCCCGCUGGAGCUGGAGGGUGUGAAGGCGUGCCUAGAGAACGGCGAGCGGGGCGGGCACGGCUGCCGGGGGCCCGAGAAUGCGGUGCUGGCGGGUGGCCCCGAAUGCGAGGUGCCGCUGAUGCAGGCGCACUACCCCAGCAACAACAACAGUGCAGCACUGAAGCCCUCCUACUUCUGAGCCGGGAGCGCUGCGUGGCACCUCCGGGCCGAGGAACGGCGGGGAGUUAACUGAGCCCAAACCCAUAACGUGCAAUUCUGAGGGGCUUACACACGUGGGGAGCAGUCACCGAUUGCACCGCUCGGCCCUAAGUGCCUUGAUUCCCGUGACCCGACGCAGAACGCGGGCAGCGAAGGUUUUGCUUUUUAAUUCAGGUUUGGGUCGGCCUUCUUGUUUUAGCGAGUGCUAGGAAGGAAGACAGAAGGACGACGGCGGUGACUCGGCUGAGGGGCGGCGAUGUGCUGGCAACAGGGCCCCUCAGUGGAGCGUGGCCGUGGUCCCCACUCCCUGGAGCUGAUGUGAGCGGCGCGGCCCGGCUGAGGAGCUGUGCACCUCAGCACCGCCGGGCUGAAGGACGCGCCGCGCGGGCGCACGGGGAACCAGAGCUUUACAAACUCAGAGAGAAUAUUUAUACGCGGUUAUUUCCCAUUUCUUCUGGGAAAACUUUUUCUAGUACAGGUUUUGUAAGGCAGACCAGAAGGAUGUCAUUUUGUAAAAAAAAUAAUAAAAGAAUAACAACAACAA